AUGAGCACACUAAAGUCAAGGCCUUCCGUUCUGAAUUUUCGGGAUUGGGUGAAAGAGCGGACCCAGACGAAUGGAAAAGUAUCUUCGUCCACCCCUAAAGUCAAGCAGAGGACGAAUCUGAUCACCAGGGUGAAUUCUGGCAAUGCCAGUUCCUUAAUUCCUGAUUUUCAUGAGCACAGUUUGACCAUCGAACAACUUGCUGAUAAAUUCCCAUUGAGCCGAAUUAAUGCGGAAAAGCCCGGAAAUAGCCAAGGGUUGCGCCAGGAUGAGGUCCAAGUCAAGCUCCGGAAAUCCGGCUCGAACACCAUCAAGCCUUUCGAUCCUCGCUCUACGAUAUGCCUCUACCUUCAGCAGUUUUUCCAAACAUUCCGGAUUCUCCUGCUGGUCCCGGCGAUUUUGUGUCUGGUUAUCUAUUUUCUAGAAAUGCACCACAUCCAGCGCCUGUACCUUGCCGUUAUCUUAUUUUCUGUCCUGAUUGCUAUGACCUCUUUGAGCUAUUACCAAGAAAGAGUCUCUGUAAUGCAAGUCCGUGGAUUCCAAAAGAUGCUUGCCACUCACUGCCACGUGAUCCGCGGCGGUAUGACGCAGAGGAUCAGCUCUGAAAAUUUGGUGAUCGGCGAUUUGGUCAAGAUUCAGUUUGGGGAUCGAAUUCCGGCUGAUUUACGACUACUUCAAACCGAUAGCUUGCGUUUGGAUACGUCCUGGAUUACAGGGGAUCUGGAACCGCUUCCAUUCUGCGAGGAACCCGCAGAGCGUGAUUUGUCGGCCUUGGAAACUCAAAAUAUCGCGUUUAACGGUUGUGAAUGUACUAGUGGAAGCGGUCUGGGUGUUGUAGUCAGAGCCGGAAAUGAUACGGUCCUCGGGAAACUAGCUCAAAGCGGCUGGCAAGAAGUGGCAAAGCCAUCUCGCCUGACAAACGAUCACACCAGAUUUUGCCGCUUUAUCGCGCUGUCAUCAGUCGUGCUUGGGCUGGCUACUGUAGUAUUCGGCGUGACCGUAUCCCAUGUGUCUUCCUUACUACACGUUCUCGUAAAUGGUUUCUUGAUCGUUGUUGUGGCGAAUGUCCCGCAAGGGCUCCCCGUCACCCUAACUGCACAGCUCGUGAUCGUCGCCCGGAAACUGGCCAAGAGCAAUUUGUUCUUGAAAAAACUCGACUUUUCCGAGACGCUCGGUACGACGUCGCUCUUUUUGUGCGAUAAAACAGGCGUUAUGACCGACAACAAUAUUGCCGUUACAAAACUUUGGUAUAAUGGGAAAGUUAGUGCCGUCGAAUCGCUUCUACCUAAAGCCUCGUCUGGACGACCAGCUUUAAAUCAAUAUGAAAAUACGCUACGUCAGGCUCUGGAGAUUAUGGCCCUUUGCAAUCGGGCCCAAAUGGAAAACCUUACCACCGCAUUGAACGAACCAUCAACAAAGGUUUCUCAAGUUAACACUAGCGUCCGGAGCAUGCGG